UUUCCUCCAAAACCCUAGCAAUGCUAUAACUCCAUUACAAAUCGUAAAUUAAACUGUCAAUUACAUCUCCAGCCUCUCCCUGCACACAGUUCACGCAGAGAUUCCCCGAAAAUGCCGUUCAAGAGGUAUGUUGAGAUAGGAAGAGUGGCCCUUGUCAACUACGGCAAAGAAUAUGGCCAGCUUGUCGUCAUCGUUGAUGUCAUCGACCAGAACCGGGCUCUAGUGGAUUCACCGGACAUGGUUAGGAGCCAAAUGAACUUUAAGAGGCUUUCUCUUACUGACAUAAAGAUUGACAUCAAAAGGGUUCCGAAGAAAAAGACUCUUAUUGCUGCUAUGGAAACUGCUGAUGUCAAGAAUAAAUGGGAACACAGUUCCUGGGGGAGGAAGUUGAUUGUGCAGAAGAGAAGGGCCUCUCUAAAUGAUUUCGACAGGUUCAAGCUGAUGUUGGCAAAAAUCAAGAAGGCUGGCAUUGUGAGGCAGGAGCUUGCAAAGCUAAAGAAAGAGACCGCAGCAGCAUAAGAGUUAUGUCCACCCAAGUUACGUGUGUCAAGAUUUUGUAGUAGGAUUUUGGAAGGCCUUUUGUUUUAUUGAUCUGAGCUUUACUUGUUAAUGAAUGUCACAAGAAGAGAACCAUCAAAUUUUGAUCUUGCUCUUCACGCCUGUUUCUUAUCUUACUUUUGACGCCUGUUGCUCAUUUACUGUGAUAGUCGUUCCUGAUUUUUC